AUGCAGCUGACGGCUCGACAUCCCAUGGUGUGGUAUGCCAACAAAGGAUACAAGUUGCAGUAUAAAUGCACUCCAUCGUGGUCCCCAGUCUGUGUGAAUUUUUCUCCCUUCGACAUCAACGGAAGGAAAAUGCCUUGGAAUUCUUUCAACAUGGGGCUUUUAAAAGUAACUGUUGUAGUAUUCCUUCUGACUGCAAAGGUGCAUGUUACCAACUGUCAGCAGAAUGCUAAGGAUCAAUACUAUUCUGAUAUUGUGUUUCUUGUGGAUGGAUCUCGAAAUGUGGGACAAGCAGGAUUUAAACGUAUCCGAAACUUUAUUUUGAAGAUUGUUGAUCAGCUAAACAUUGGAGCCAAUAGAUACAGGAUUGGACUUGCUCAGUACAGUGGAGAGCCACGAACUGAAUUCCUACUGAAUAAAUUUCAGACAAAAGAAGAGGUGACAAACUACUUGGAGAAGAAGUACACCUUCAAGGGUGGAGCAGUAGCGAGGAUAGGACGUGGCAUUGAAUUUAUAAACAGGAACCUCUUUGUCAAAUCUGCUGGGAGCCGAAAAGAUAAAGGUGUUCCUCAGAUUGCCAUGAUUGUUGCUGCUGCGCCAUCACAGGAUAAAGUUGAAUCCGCUGCCAAGGCAUUGAAAGCUGAUGGCGUGAUGGCUAUUUCCUUCGGAAUAGGAAAGGCAUCUGAAAGUGAUCUAACCAAAAUGGCCUUUGUUGGACAAUACCCAUUUGUGGUUAAGGCUGAUCGUUUUGAUGAACUUAUGCCACUUGCUAACGACAUGGCCGCUACAAUCCAAACGAUGACACAGAAAUACUUUUUGCUGAAAGAGCUUGAAAAACCAGCAGUGUGCCAAACUGCUUCAAUUGCUGAUAUUGUUUUCCUUCUGGAGGAAUCAAGCAGAAUUCAAAGAACAAAUUUUCAGCUGAUCCUUGAUUUUCUGGAGAAUUUCGUCUCGGUUCUUGAUAUUGGCUCGGAGAAAGUGAGAGUUGGUUUGGUUCGGUAUGGAACAGUUCCGACACCAGAGUUUUACCUCAUUUCGUACCAGAACAAGGAUGACAUUCUCAGUCAUGUCAAAGCUAUCGCAAUUAGAUCUAUUAGGGAUGGAAGGAUAAAUGCAGGAGCUGCUCUGAAUUAUGUAAGAGAGAAUUACUUUGUGCCAAGGGCUGGUAGCAGGAAAAAACAAGGAAUUCCUCAAAUUGCAAUUAUGAUCACUCAUGGAAACUUUGACGAUGAUGUUAAAAAGCCAGCUGCUGCCCUUCGACGUAUUGGUGUUCUUAUAUAUGCCCUAGGAAUGCUGAGCACCCAAGGCAGCAAGCUUAUAAACAUUGCCUCAUAUCCUCCAGAAAAUUUUGUUUUAAGUAUAGACAGUUUUACAAAUUUAACAAAUCUUGAAAGAAUUAUCCAAAAGAAAAUUUGUGUUGGGAUCAUCCAUCUGACAUCAGUAAGACCGGAACAAACUGAUCAACUACAGCAAAGUUGCAUUGAUACUGAUGAGGCUGAUAUCUACUUCCUGAUUGAUGGGUCAGGCAAUUUAUCAUUUGAAGAUCUCAAAGACAUCAAAGAUUUCGUAAUAGAUGUCAUACAUGUAUUCAACAUUGGCACAGACAAAGUCCGGGUUGGUGUUGUCCAGUAUGGAUAUACUGCACAGACAGAAUUUGACAUUGCUCAAUAUGUAACUAAAAAUGAAGUAAUGGAAGCAAUGAACAAUAUUAGAUUGAUUGGAGGGGAGUAUUCAAUGGCAGGCCGAGCACUGACAUAUAUGAAGAAUCUCUUUAAUGAAGCAGAUAAAAGUCGUAAAAAUCGGGUGCGUCGCUUCCUGAUCACCAUCACAGAUGGAAAAUCACAAGAUGACGUUUCGAGAGCUGCUGCAGAAUUAAGGCAAAGAGGAGUAGAUGUUUAUGCUAUUGGUGUGGGGAAAGCCGAGCGGUCUGAACUCUUACAGAUCGGAGGAGAAAUAGAAAAGGUUUUCUACACUGAAAACUAUGACGCCUUGACAGAAAUAAAACACACUGUUUUGCGGGAUAUGUGUUCAAAAGAAGCUUGCAAUAAACUGGAAGUGGCAGAUAUCAUUUUCCUAAUUGAUGGAUCAAGAAGCAUAUAUUUUAAAGAUUUUGAUAAAAUGAGGAAUUUUAUAGAAACCUUAAUCAACAAAACUGAAGUUGGCAAAAGCAGAGUCCAAAUAGGUGUGAUACAGUUCAGUACAAGAACAAGGUUGGAAUUCCAGCUUGAUCAAUAUACUGAUAAAAGAGAACUACUGAAAGCUAUUUACGACAUUGAACAGCUGAAUGAGGAGACCAGUACAGGCCGUGCACUGAAGUUUACAAUAGACUACUUUGAUAGCUCGUAUGGGGGUCGACCUGGUGAACGGCAAUAUCUCAUUGUAAUUACAGAUGGGAAAGCACAAGAUGAGGUAUAUACACCUGCCAAAGCCAUUAGGGAAAAAGGGAUUAAUAUUUUUGCCAUUGGUGUCUACAAUGCUAAUAACAGUCAGCUCGUGGAUAUUGCAGGAUCCCAAGAUAAAGUUUAUCAUGCAGAGAACUUUGAUGCCCUGAAAGACCUUGAUAAGUUGAUCUCAUUUGAAGUGUGCAGUCCAUUUGAAGCAUGCAAGAGAAUAGAAGUUGCAGACAUUGUAUUUGUACUGGAUGGUUCGGACAGCAUAACCAUACCUCAGUUUGAAAGCAUGAAGAAUUUUGUGGUGGCUGUGGUGAACCGUUCUGAAGUUGACAGUAAUAAUGUUCGAUUUGGAGCCGUUCUGUUUGGAAACAGCCCACAGACCAUAUUCCAGCUUGAUAAAUUCACAAACAAAGCUGAAAUUAGAGAUACAAUUUUGCAAUUACAAAAACAUACGCGUGGAUCCAGGUACACUGUAAAGGCUCUACAGCGUGCAAGGGAACUUCUAACUCUAGAAAAGGGGGGACGAAGCAGAACCAAAGUGUCCCAGUUCAUUAUUCUUGUUACUGAUGGAGAAGUCAGAGAUUCAAAAGGUAUACCGGCCUUAGCUAAAGCUCUGAAUGAUGAUGGCGUGGGAGUCUAUGCCAUUGGUAUAUCUGGUGCCAGAAAAGAUGAACUUGUGGCAAUUACAAAAUUUGAAGAGAAAUACUACUAUGCUUUGGACUUCAGUGCUUUGCAAGGUUUAUCUAGAUCAAUUUCUCAGGAGCUGUGCAAUCAGACCAAACCUGGAUGUGAAGUUGAGAAAGCAGACAUUGUUUUCCUUUUGGAUAGCUCAGCGGUAAUAAAAGAGAGUGACUUUCAGAUGAUGAAGACUUCCUUGAAAGACUUUAUUAACUUGUUUGAUAUUGGUGAAGAUCAUUUCCAGUUUGCAAUAGCCCAAUAUGGCACUGCACAAACGGCUGAACUCUACUUGAAUGAGACUCAUUCACAUGAUACAGUAAGAAACAGAAUUGAUGAAAUGGUGCAGUUGCAGGGAAAAACUGACACAGGGGCAGCGUUACGAUAUGUGCACAGGUUCUUCCAGCCAUCACUGGGAAGUCGAAGGAAAGAGAAGGUGCCCCAGUACCUACUGGUGUUGACAGCUGGGGAAUCCAGUGACAGUGUGGUGGCAGCAGCUAAUGAUUUGAGGAAACAGUACAUCAAUAUAUUUGCACUGGGUAUUCAGUACGCAAACCCCAAUGAGCUUCUGCAAAUCACUGGAGCAGCGGACAGAAAAAUAUUUAUUAAUGAUUUUAAAGAUCUAAAUAAAAUUAAAAGAAGAGUUGUUCGUAAAAUUUGUACUCCUCUCCCUCCUCCGAAAGAGGAUCCAGCAUGCAAGAUAGACAUUGCCGUAGGGUUUGCUUUUGCAAAAGCAACUGGCUUACAGAACAUAUUCACUGGCCAGCAAAAACUACAAGUGAAGCUUGGACAAAUAUUGAAGACAAUGACUUCCCUACAAAACAUCAGUUGUGUAUCUGCUUCUAAGCUAAAUAUCCAAGUGGGUUUUCAUAUAAUAAGCACUACUGGCACAGCUGUCUUUGAAACUGAAUUUGAAGAGUUUAACCCAUUAAUUUUAGAUAAACUACUAGAAGUGCAAACAGAUGCUAGAAUUGAAUUGAAUGAAGAAUUAUUGAAAUCAUUUCCCGAAAAGUUUCAGGGGUCAACUGCAAAUGCAAAGGUGGUACUAAUAUUCACAGAUGGAUGGGAUGGCACGAAGGAGAGGCUGAAACAACUUUCAGAUCUAAUGUAUGAUAAAGGGAUCAAUGCCCUUAUUACUGUGGCUCUGCAAGAUGCUUCGAAAAUUGAUGAGGCUUUUCUUACUGACUUUGGAACUGGAUCUGGAUACAAACAACAGCUGUCAAUUGAAAUGGAUGAUAUUGAAAGUUCUUUGCUUAAACAAAUAAGUGCAGUUGCUGAAAUGAAGUGUUGUAAGGUCCGGUGUACGUGCAUGGGAGAACCUGGGACAACUGGUUUGCAAGGAAGAAAAGGACAGAAGGGGCGUAUAGGUCCAAGGGGAUAUGCAGGCUACCCAGGAGAAGAAGGAGCACCAGGAGAGAGAGGCCCGCAUGGAUAUAAUGGCACUCGAGGAGACAAUGGAUGCCGUGGUGACACAGGUGACAAGGGAAGAAGAGGUUAUCGAGGACAGAAGGGGAGCAAUGGGGACGAUGGUAUUGAUGGAGUAAUUGGAGAGCAGGGAAACCAAGGUCUUCCUGGAGUUUUGGGUGAAAAGGGCAACAGUGGUAAACUGGGUAGAAAGGGCCAAAAAGGACUUCCAGGUGAUCGUGGAGAGACUGGUUCACGUGGAGACCCUGGUGAACCUGGCACUGACAGCAAUGUUCAAGGUCCACAGGGUGAAAAAGGAAACCCAGGCCAAGUGGGUAAUCCAGGAAGCAUUGGCAUUCUGGGAAAACGUGGGGGUGUAGGAAACCCUGGUCCUAAUGGAGGGAGAGGACCGCCGGGUGCACAGGGGUCCAAAGGAGCAGUGGGUGAAAAAGGUCUCAAAGGAGAUCCAGGAAUCCGAGGCCCACAGGGGCCACCUGGUUCUGCUGGUGCUCCAGGUCGAAAAGGAGAACUGGGAGUUCGAGGUCAACAGGGUCAAUCUGGAAAUACAGGCCCUCAGGGAAUAACUGGAAACAUUGGCCGAAAAGGGAAUUCUGGUCAGUCUGGGAAUCCUGGAGAAAAAGGUGUGAGAGGAACAGAAGGACCCCGAGGAAUGAUGGGGAUGGAUGGCAAGCAUGGAUUUGGUUCCAGUGGACCAAAAGGCAGAAAGGGAGCACAAGGAAUCCCUGGAAAUCCUGGUCCACAGGGACUGAAUGGAGAACCUGGAGUUCCUGGUAAAAAAGGACCCAAAGGAAUAAGAGGCCGCAGGGGUACUGCUGGCUCCGUUGGUGAUCCUGGUGAUGCAGGCAUGAUUGGGCUUCCAGGAGCAAUGGGCCCCAAAGGACCACCUGGCCACAGAUCAGAAACGUCGUGUGGCCUUGUAGCAUAUAUACGAGACAACUGCCCCUGUUGUUCACAAAGAAGUGGAACAUGCCCAGUCUACCCCACGGAGCUGGCCUUUGCUCUGGACACAUCUUCAGAUGUCACUCCUCCUUUAUUUGAAAGGAUGAAGAAAAUUGUAAUUAAUUUCCUGCAGGAUAUUAACAUUGCUGAAAACAACUGUCCCACAGGUGCCCGCGUGGCUGUCCUUACUUACCAUAAUGAAGCAAAGCCUUUCAUUCGAUUUCCUACCUUUAAGAGAAAACAGUUACUUCUGAAAGGAAUAGAAGGACUAGCUCAUGAGCGAUCAAGAAACAGGCGGAACAUUGGCAACAGUAUGCGGCAUGUUGUCAGAAAUACUUUUAAGCGGGUUCGUAAUGGUGCCCUUGUGAAGAAAAUAGCCGUGUUUCUCACUAAUGGAGGAUCCCAAGACUCCGCGGCUUUGGCAGUGGCUGCCACAGAGUUCCGUGCUUCAGGUGUCAUUCCUGUCAUCAUCUCCUUUAAAAACAUCCCUGAAGUAGAACAAGUUUUUAAGGAUGCAGUGGUCGUAUUGCCAAGACAACAGCAAAGGUCCCAAGAUCUUUUGAAUCAAGUCUAUUUAUGCACAUUGUGCUUUGAUGAGUGUAAACCACAUAGCCAGUGUACAGGAGCUAGACCCCUCCCUACUAUUCCAGUAAACCUGGAUAUAGCUUUUGUCCUUAAUGAUUUAGAUGCAAUGGAAACUACACAUUCAGAUAUUGUUCAGCAUUUCCUAAACUCCAUGCUUAAUGAGUUUGUAAGUUCUGAAGAACCAAAGGCUCCUAGUCUUCAUCCUAGAGUGGCUAUUGUACAACAUACUCCAAGUUACGCACCAAGGUAUGGCAAAGAACCAUUUCACCUGGAGUAUGGGAUUUUGGAUUACACUGCAAAAACACUGAAAAAGCGACACAUCCAAGACUCAUUUAAUCAACCAGAGGACUUGUCCGGCCUUGACAGCACUAUUGAAUGGAGCCUGAAAAAUUUCUUCUCAAAUGCUACAAAGCAGAUGACUUACAGGGUUAUUUUUGCAAUAAUUUCAGGGGACACAAGUAUUGAUGAGAACAGAUUGCUGGAAAUAUCACAAGAUGCCAAAUGUAAAGGAUUUGCAGUCUUUGCAUUGGUCCUUGGAGAGAGAUCCAACAUCACAGUCCUGGAGGAGUUUGUCAGUUUCCCUCAUGAUCUGCAUUUACUCCAUCUGCACCAUCUGGAGUCUGAAAUAGAAUAUGCACAAAACUUUGCAGUAGCUUGCCUGAAAAACCUGGAAACUGGAAUUAACAAGUAUCCACCUCCAGCUCUAAAGACGGAAUGCAAAGGAAAAAAUUCUCAACACACAAAAGAGAAGAAAACAUUUCCCGAAGCACUAGUGAAUAUUAUGGACGAUUUUGAAGAACAAAGAGGUGAUAUCAACACCUAUGAUGUGUGUGAAUUGAAUCGUGAUUCAGGGGAUUGCUACAACCAUACCUUAAAAUGGUUCUUUGACAAAAAAUCACAGAUCUGCAAAAGGUUCUGGUACGGUGGCUGUAAAGGAAAUGAGAACCGAUUUGACACAAGGGAAGAAUGUGAAGCCUUAUGUUUAAGAUCUCCCUUCUAACUGCCGUGGUGGAUUUGAUUUCAGAUAAAUACAAUGAUAACAAGCAUGAAAUUCCUAUGUACCAUGCCAUUUUCUAUUUACAUAUACAAUACCUUAUUUAUAUUGGCACACCAUGUUUUAACUACCUACCACUCUUUGUUGAGUAAUAAUUAAAAGACAGGAUUAUCCCAUUUACAUCCUUCCUUAAAGUAGGAAAGCUCACAAUGGAUAAGGAAAUCUUCCUUCUGUGGAUUUUCUUUUGCAAAGAUAAAAGAGCAGAAAAAUGGCAGAAGGAUCAUCCAGAAAUAAAUAAACAAAUGGGUUCCACAGUUUUUUUUUGUCUACAAACUUGCAAUCAAGUAAGACUAAAUUAAAGCACCCAAUUCUUCCUCUCCUGGUCACCCAGGAGAACUCCCAAAUGUGGGCGAGGCUCUGCACUCUAGGGCAGGAAGUCAAAACACAGCAGUGUGGUUGCUUACAUCAGGACUACCAUGCAAAGUAUGAGCUAGAAUCCUGAGAGCUUUUGAUUCUCCAGCAGAGUGUGUGUUUGUGUUUGUGUGUGUGUGUGUGUAUUGGGCGUGGGGUUGUGGUGGGGUGGGAAGUGAUGGAAGAAAAAAAUCUGUACUUGCAGGCAAAUUCUUCAACUUACCCCAAGAACCUGUGGGUUCCCUCAUCAUAACUGCCAGUUUUAACGAAAAACCUUCAGUAGGGCAUAGACCAAGAAACUCAGGAAACUGAAAAAUUCAUCUAAAUAUUAUUACUGAUCCUGUUGAUGAAGCAAAGAGGCAAAAAUGUUGUACUGUUUUUAGUGACAAAUUCAUAUUUGGAAGGUACUAGUAAAGUAUUACUAUCCAAAUGUGAAUGAUUUGAGAAAUCUUCAUCUAGGUUAAAUGCCUAAUGUCUUUGACAGUCAUUACAAUGUUUAAAAUGAGAAUCUUCCAGAAGUUUAAUCCUUUUGUGUCAAUGUUGUUUCGAUUACCUGUUUUAAUGUACUAAAAUGCUUAAUUUAAUUUUAAAUGGGUAUUGGUUCAAAAUUUAAAACAUAUGUCAUUUUAUGUAUAAGAUUCCUUUAAGGUAUGGUGCUACUUCAUGUACAAAAUGUAUUGGUGAACUAGCUGUACAUUUACCAAGAUUCAAUCAUAUAUGGAUAUAGAAAAUAUUUGCAAAGGAAAUGUUAAAAAUGAAAUCAGUACUUGGAGUAAUUAAAAGGUGAGUUAGGGAUUCUAAUCCAAUCAAACAGGAUUUUUUUCUAAUGUUGCGUUCUGGUGAGUUUCCACAUUUUCAAUUACUUGUGUUUCUCACAAGAAUAUACAUUUAUAAAACUUGAAAAGCUCAACAAACCGUGUGUAUACCAUGUCAAUAAUUGUUCCCUUAUUGAUCAGUACCAGGCAGUAAUAUUUUUAUUACAAAUACACAUUGUAAAAUUAUUGCUGGAAUCGUUAGAACUGAAGAUGAUUACUUUUUUCUGUAUAUUCCAGGUGUAUUUGUUACAAGGAAAAUAUUGUUCUUUGCUCAGGGUAGGGAAUGUGGUUGUUUGCAUGUUUCCUUGUUUGUCUUUCUAAAGGUCGUGGUACUGCUGUGCCGAAGGAAUAACCUGAUAGCUUCAGUGAAAUGGCAGUAUAAUGAUGAGAAAAUUACAGUUGUAUGAUAUAAUAAC